GUAAAUUGGCCUUCGAGAGCAGACCCCGGUGGGCUACGUAGAAGCAGGGAGAGAGAACGGGGAUCAGGAGGCUGAGCAUGGAUCCGCGUGCCUUCUGUGCGUUGGUGCUGAGCUGUCUACUCUGCAGGACCUCUGCGCACAAUGACUUCUUCACAUCCAUUGGUCAAAUGACUGACCUGCUGUUCAUCGAGAAGGAUCUGGUCACCUCCCUGAAGGAUUACAUCCGGGCUGAAGAGAGCAAGCUGAAGCAAGUCAAAAAGUGGGCGGAGAAGCUGGAUGCGCUAACAGCCACUGCCACGCAGGACCCCGAGGGCUUCCUGGGCCACCCGGUGAAUGCCUUCAAGCUGAUGAAGAGGCUGAACACAGAGUGGGGAGAGCUGGAGAGCCUGGUGCUCAAGGACAUGUCGGAUGGGUUUGUCUCCAACUUGACCAUUCAGAGGCAGUACUUCCCCAACGACGAGGACCAGACAGGGGCGGCCAAGGCCUUGCUGAGGCUUCAGGACACUUACCAGCUGGACACGGAGACCAUGUCCAAUGGGGACCUGCCUGGGGUGACGUACAAGUCCACCCUGACAGCGGAGGACUGCUUUGAGCUGGGCAAGAUUGCCUACUCGGAUGCCGACUACUACCACACAGAGCUGUGGAUGGCCCAGUCCCUGAAGCAGAUGGAUGAGGGGGAGGAGUCCCCCAUCGACAAGGUCACCGUGCUGGACUACCUCAGCUACUCCAUCUACCAGCAGGGGGAGCUGGAGAGAGCCCUGGAGCUCACCAAGAGGCUGCUCAAGCUGGACCCCGAGCACCAGCGUGCCAACGGAAACUUGAAGUACUUUGAGUACCAGCUGGCUAAGCAGAGGAGGGCCGAGGCGGAGCAGAGCACCAGACAGAACGACAGCAAGGAGCGCGAGAAGAGGGAGGCGGGCGCCAAGAAGGGCCGGCCCGUGGACCACCUCCCCGAGAGGGCCAAGUAUGAGAAGCUGUGCCGCGGAGAGGGGAUCAAACUGACCCCUCGCAGACAGAGCCGCAUGUUCUGCCGUUACUUUGACAACGGCGGUCACCCGCGAUACCUGAUAGGCCCAGUGAAGCAGGAGGAUGAGUGGGACCGCCCCCGCAUCGUCCGCUACCACGACAUCAUCUCCCACAGCGAGAUCGAGAAGGUGAAGGAGCUGGCCAAGCCCAGGCUGCGCAGGGCCACCAUCUCCAACCCCAUCACUGGUGUGCUGGAAACCGCCUCAUACCGGAUCAGCAAGAGUGCCUGGUUAGCAGCCUAUGAGCACCCUGUGGUGGACAAGAUAAACCAGCGCAUUGAGGACCUCACAGGGCUCGACGUCAAGACCGCGGAGGAACUGCAGGUGGCAAAUUACGGUGUGGGUGGACAGUAUGAGCCACACUUCGAUUUUGGACGGAAAGACGAGCCGGAUGCCUUUAAAGAGCUGGGCACUGGGAAUCGCAUCGCCACCUGGCUCUUUUACAUGAGCGACGUACCAGCAGGGGGAGCCACAGUGUUUCCAGAGGUUGGCGCUGCAGUCUGGCCUAAAAAGGGAACAGCGGUGUUUUGGUAUAACCUCUUUCCGAGUGGAGAGGGAGAUUACAGCACGCGACAUGCCGCCUGUCCGGUCCUUGUGGGCAACAAGUGGGUUUCUAAUAAAUGGAUCCACGAGAGGGGUCAGGAGUUCAGACGACCAUGUGGCCUUAAUGAGACGGACUGAUGAAAGGGGCGUGCUGCUCCCCCUCUUUCUCCUCCUCCUUCUCCUCCUCAUCCUCCAAUCCACAGAAGUGUGGCUGUGAACUGCAAUCAGCUCCACCCCUAGUCCUGCCCCACCCCUCCCGGCCCCGCCCCGUGUU